AAUUCGAAAUCGUAGUUUUCUAUUUUUUUAUUUAAUAAAUUAUAGGUGUAAUUAUUUCAGUAUAAAAGUGUACAAAGUUAUUUGCUUUGGUCAUUAAAUGAUGAUAAUCGUGGGCCAGGCCAGACAUACAUUACGUAUUCAACGCUUAAAUCUCUAGAGUCUACAUCAACUUCAGAUCUAUCCAUCCAUUUAUGUGUUUUAUUUGUUUGUUUCGUUUUCUGCCCUUUUUGUUAAAGAAAACAGAGGCAGUAUUUGUGAUUGAUAACACUUUUGGCAGAUCAAAAUUUAAGAAAUUGUACCGGAAAGUUUAUUACUCUGAAGACGACCAAUAAAAACGCAAUAAACGGAAGGGGAAAUUUGACCCGUCAAAUAUGAGCAAAACAAAACACAGAUGGAAAGCAAUAAUUGCUAAAAAAAACAAACAAACAAGCAAACUGGAGUUUUGACCCAGAGAAAGCAGGGUCAGUAAAAAAUAAUUUAAAAUCUGCGUCCUGGAGACGCGUGGACUUCCGGAAAUGCGCGCCCUUUCUGAGUUCAAUGCACAAAAAGUGCAUUAACGCCAACCAUGGAUUUACGAGAAACCGGACCGGUCUUGUAAAGAUGACCGCAGUGAUAUAAAUGUCAUUUGUCUGUGAUAAAUAUGAAGUUUGAUCCUGAAAUGUAAACCACUGCCAUACCAUUUUUAGCACUAACCUCUUCCAUGCAAUGUCAAAGGGGCUCAGGAUUUUAGUUGUGGCCGUUUUUGGUCAAUCAGACUUUCAAAAUGUCAUAUGACUUCCACAAUAUUUACCCCAUUUUUAAAAGGUUAGUAUGGGGCGGGGGUCGGCAACCCAGAACGUUGAAAGAAAAACAAAAAAAAAACAACUCUGUCUAGCCGCAAAAAAUGAAAAGCCGUAUAUACUGUAAGUGUUAUAAUGAAGGUUUUUACAUUAGCUACAAUAGCUUACUAACAAAAUGACUGUCGCAAAUCUUCCCUGACAGAAAUGUUGAAAUUUAGUUUACACAUUUUUACAACAUGAGAAACCAUUAGUCAAUUAGAGGCUACUCAAGGUGAGGUAACUCCUGGAAAUUACUGGCAUUUAAUGGGCCAAAGGUAUAGAUGUGUGUGUCCAAGUUAAAGGAAACGGCAGGCAGUCUUCUUUUAAUAGAUUUAUUACAAUCUUUGGCAAGCUAGGUAAUGUUUGCUGUGGUCUGGAACAACAUGGCACACAAACAACUAUCUGAAAUGCAGCUAUUAUUACAUACAGAUAAUAUGUCAUGAGACAUGAAAUACUAAAUGAUAUAUAUUAAAGGAUAUUAAAUGAGCUCAAAUAUACCUAUAAACUGAGGCAUAAUGAUGCAAUAUGUACAUACAGCUAGCCUAAAUAGCGUGUUAGCAUUGAUAUGCCUGAUUAGCAGUUUAACAAAUCAAUAACAUCAACGAAGCGCACCUUUGUGCAAUCCCGCACAGUGUAAAAUGUUUGGUGGACAGAAUCGAUACGCACGAUGUUGUGUCAAAACGCGCAUACCAUGUGCAUAAGCAGAAACAUUGACGCUACUCAUGAGCGCAACGUUUAGUCAGCACUGCGGCCAAUACACACGUUUGAUUCAUCGAAGUAUUUUAAUUCAUAUUUAUACUGAAAAUGUAAUUCCAUUGUACUUUUUAAAUGCAUACAAUCAAACAUGUUACCAAAAGUACCACAAACUCUUGGCUAAAUAGUUGUGUUCCACUUUUUAAAAACACAAAACCUGGAUUAAAAGUAACUAUUUCCCUUGAAAUAUUCUGUUUACUAUUGGACCUAACCCAAACCAGUCACAUGACUGGAAAGCCCCAGCAACAGUUUGUCAUCCAAGUGAUGGACGGGGACGGUUCCACUACCGACGCCUCCCAGUUGGGCAUCGCUGGGGAGUACAUACCAUCCACACACUACGUGCUCCAGCAAGAUGGUGAUGACGAUGCUGACGAUGGUAUGAACGACCAUGAGGAAGGGGGCUCAAAGGACAACUACAGGGAGCAGGACAUCUAUCUCCCCAUCGCUAAUGUGGCUCGCAUCAUGAAGAACGCUGUCCCACAAACCGGAAAGAUCGCCAAAGACGCCAAGGAGUGCGUGCAGGAGUGCGUGAGCGAGUUCAUCAGCUUCAUCACCAGCGAGGCCAGCGAGCGCUGCCACCAGGAGAAGCGCAAGACCAUCAACGGCGAGGACAUCCUGUUCGCCAUGUCCACGCUGGGCUUCGACAUGUACGUGGAGCCACUCAAGCUCUACCUGCAGAAGUUCCGAGAGGCAAUGAAAGGGGAAAAAGGGAUGCCUGUGACGGACGGCCUUGGAGAGGAGCUCACAGACGACGGCUUCAGAAUUAUUACUGCCGAUGGCCAGCAGCAGAACGUCAUGGUGUACACCACCUCAUACCAACAGAUUCCCAACGUGCAGCAGAUCCAGUUCUCCUGACAAGUUUCUCCUCCAGCUGCAACAAGUGGCCUGUGCUCGCCAGGUGAUCUCUGACCCUUGAGGCCGUGAGAGGAAAGGUGUGUGGGGAAGGAUGGAGGGUGGGGGGGGGGGCGGUGUAGCAUCUGCCCCACCUUGAUGUACAGACCAAUCAUGAGCUGUGUUGUAGAAAGUCUAGUUUGUAGUUUAUGGUACAAAUCAUCUCAACCAUCUUUCAUUUUAUUCUUUUUGUGCAUCAUAAUUAAUAAUGUAAUGCCUUUUGCUCUUUUUGGCUUACUUGGAGCCACUUUUCCCCCAAUUCCAUGAUGUUUGUGUGACGCCAGCUCUUUUGUAAAUUCUCCACUUGCUCUGUGUCCAUGUCAUUAAAACAAAAAUGUCCACAACAGUUUUAUUUAUAGCAUUAAAAUAAUCUGUGAAA